GCUCUGCUCGGCUCGGCUCUCUGUGUCCCGGACUCCAAUACCGCUCCUGUCGCUUUGUUCCUGUUCUGCCUCCCGCUCUCGUCCCAACUCUGCGAAUCCUCCUGCUGUCGCUCUCUAGACCGCCAUGAGCUGCAUCUACUUUGACGCAAGCAAUGCCACCAACUGCAAGGACUGGGUCGUCAACGGCGGCCAGGGCUUCUAUCUAGCCCCAAGCAUCAUCCAGCCGCUCUUUCCCGACCCUGCCUCCUUCAGCCUGUCGCAAUACGUGAGCGUUCGAAGCACCUUUCUCUUCGGCCCAAUCGGCUCACCGGCCCUCGUCACGGCACUGCUCACCAACCUGACCUGCCCAGCACCUGCCACCGGCACCUUUUCCCCUGAAGCACCAGCACCCCCGAUUCGCUUUACCGAGCAACUGAUUUGCGCCAACGCCAUCCAGCAGUCCGCCAAGGCCUGUCCUCAAAUUGCAUACCAGCCCAUCUGCAAGCAAAUCUGCGACGACAGUCUCACCUCCAUCACCAACUUCAUCAGCGUCUGUGGUGGAGCAAACAAGGCUACCCUCAGCUACAGCAACUUUACCACCGCAUGCCAGUCCUUGGCCAGCCCCACGACCCCGACGUGCAUCUCCGAGGCCUACUCCAACACCACAAACUGCGGAUUCUCGAUUGGCCCUCCUGGAGGCGGCACUGGCGGUCCCGCUGCCCCUGGUGCCCCGCUCCCACCACCCGUCCGCUUUUGCAACGGUAUCCCAUCCAACAGCCGGCCAUCGUGCUGUAACGCCUACCUCUCCAGCCCACCAUCGCCAUCGCCCACCAACAGCCCCAGUCCGUCGAGCUCUCCGACACCAGCCGCCUUCGAUAGUGGCGACAUUGGCGGCAUCGUCGGCGGCAUUGCCGGCGGCGUGGCUCUCCUACUGGUGCUCGGGGUGCUCUUCUUUUUCUGCGUCGUGCGCCGCCGUCGCGAGAAGCUGGCUACCCUGAUCAAGGGAUCCCGAGACACCCGAGCCGAGUCCAACGCCAGCAGCUUCCGCGACACGGCGAGCCCGCUGCCCCCUCGUCCCUCGAUCCCAGGGUCGUCGGGCACGGGCAGCGACUACCAGCAGCAACGCUCGAGCCACAGCGCCACAAACAUCUCUAGUGCCUUCAACAAGCAGUGGAUUGCCCUCUCGAAUUUCGAUCCGCGAAGGGACGACGAAUUGGAGUUCAAGGCUGGCGACCACAUCACGUUGCUGUCGAUCUUCAACGAUGGAUGGGCGCAGGGUGUCAACGAGCGGACAGGCAGUUUGGGUGCCGCUCCUAUGAGUCUGUUGCGUGAAAUCAACUAGACGUCCCUUUCAUCUCCUCCUCCCCUCCCCACCCCACCCGACACCAUGCGCAACUGCAAAGAAAAGCAGCACGAGCGACUGCGGUCCUCAGCACA